UGUUUAUAUCCUCAGGUUAUUGAAUUUUUAUUUUCAAACACAAUUUUUACUUUUUCCGUUGCGCACCGGAAGCACUUUGUGCCCAAGUAAUUGAUGAAUAAUCACCUGAAGUAUGGAGCAACCUGCUGAUCAGCUUGUAAUAGUCCUACACGUAUUAGAAGCUAUCAGCUUUCACCGGAUCAAAAACACUCGUGUGCUGCUGACCGCCUCUCUGGGUAAAAACACGCUGGAAACAGACAGCCAUCUACCCGGAAUUGCUUCCACUAGCUUCGAUAGCAAUCUGGUUUGGGAAACCGAUCGGCCCUCGGUGAAGCGAAUGAAAACGGAAAAUCUUCCCAUCAAAGUGGAAUGCUAUUCACUCGAACAAGGGAAGCGAUCUCUUAUCGGCCAUCUGGUACUUCCGCUGCGUUCGGUACCACUGCUUCCGUCGGCGAAAGCGGAUUCAAUAAAACCACGCUGGUAUCGACUGCUGGGCUUAUCAAAUUCCGAAUGGAAAAGCCAAAAGCCAGAAGUUCAGUUGAUGGUACUGAUAACGGAUAAGGCAUAUCUGCUGCAGAACAGAAACAAACCCAAAGUAAGCGCUGAUCAGGAAACGGAUCGAAGUGUGGUCAUCUUCGCCAACCCGGAACCAUCCCGAUUGCAAUCCCGUGAAGGGCUUCCGAUUCAGUUGCUUGAAGAGCGUGGUCUGCUUCAGGUCGGUUAUUCCGAUCAGGAAUGUGAUAUUUUUCUGGUAAAGAUUGUGCUGAAAUAUGCCAAACAAAUGGAAAAGUUGCUCCAAGAAGGGGAGGCGUUGACAGCGACAGGCUUACAGCUCCGCUAUGAUUUAUUGGGAGACAGUUAUCCUUGUACGCUGGAGCGGAGGCCGAAUGGCACUUAUAGCGUUCAGGAGAAAAUUGUUAUAAAUUUUAGAACGUCAUUGCAUUCAUUGAAACGAUAUUUUGAAGAGAUUUUCACGAUUCGGUUGGAAGUUUUGUUUGAUGGUCAAAUUAUUGGACGUUCAAUGCUUCGCUUCGGUGACUUAAUUGAAGAUGAACCGCUGGCUACCUUUCUAUCUAAACAUGAGGAAAAUACUGGUACCAGCGAAGUAGAAAAGCACUUUCAAAUCGAGAAAGCUUCUGUGACGUAUGAGCAACAUGAAACAAGAGCCGCUUCCGAUGGAUCAUCUUCGUUCGAGCCGUCUAUAAAAUGCAAAUUUUCACUCAAAUACCUUUCCUCAGACCGGAAAAUACUGCCAGAGUCGAUUAAAGAAACUACACAAAACAAAAGCCCCGAAAAAGACAGCUCUGAACCGAACGAUCCCCAACCGCUACAAGCAACGCCAUCCGUGCCGACAAUUAACCUUAACCAAACUCGCUCAUUGCCUGCCUUACCUUUGGGCACCGCUCCACCACCAGAGAAAACGGACAUCGAAUCAAUGCUGCACUGCGAAGAUCGUGAUCUACGGGACAUUCCGCGCACCUUCGGCUACAAUUUGCUACUUCAGAGUAUCCGUUUCAAUGCGCGGCCCAGCCCUGGCCUAUGGCAGCUAUCACUCUACCAUCCGAAGGCGGACACUCCCCUGACUAAGGUCACUCUAGAGCUGAAUUCGAUCGAAUCCGACACGUUGGAAUUCCCAAACCUACAGCUGCAGUUGUAUUUUUCAUCGCUCCCGGAUCUGGUACUAGAAACGAUAACAUCCGACAGUUCCAAGCUGACGCUAAACGGUCCCCAUGGGUUGUUCGGCUUUGCACGGUUGGACAACCAGAGCUUGGUUGUUGGAACCAAAGAGAAGCAAGCGGGAGUACUGAUCCUUGAAAAUCAAAACGGAGAAAGCAUUGGAAUGGCAACGAUUUUUUGCUUCCUGGAUGAGGUGGGAAUCAACUUCAAUAGCCGGGAACCUGUCGGUGGGCCAGAAGUACCUUCGGUUCCCAAGGGACAACUAGACGAUCAGUUGUCGUACAAGAUGCUAGAGGAGCAGAAGCAGUGGAUGUGUAAACAGAAGGAGCUGUUCUUGGUGGAGCUAAAACGAAAAGAGACGGCCCAUUUGAUGAAACUUACCAACGAGUGGAAGCGAAGGCGCGCGAAGGAAUACUCAGAACUUGCUGAAAAGAUGCAACACGUUUCUGCCUUAACCGCAGCGUUGGAAGAGAGUCGGAAAAAUCUUGCCAUUCAACGUACUGAACGCGUCGAACAGGAUAGCAUGUUGGCAGCGAUGAAAAUUAAACUGGAAACAUUCUAUCAACAGCAGUUGACGGAAAUUCGCGACAAGGCGAAGCGCAUGGAAGAGGAUCUGAACAAUCGAUGGAAUCAACGGGACACACGAUGUCGCGAACUCGAAGAGAAAAACGAUAUUCUAACUCGAGAGAAUGAAAGGAUGAGACAGGCCAAUGAGCGGUUAGAGGAGCAAACCGAAAAUCUCAGGAGAGAAGCGCAAGUUUGUUCCAAUCUUCGACAGCAAGUCGAGUUGCUGGAGCAGAAAUCGCAGGAACUUGAGAAAUCUAAAUUAUUUUACAAACAACAGUGGGCUAAGAUGGUUAGGGAGGUACACAAGAUGAAACUGGAGAACGAGGAACAGCUUAGUGAAGUGCUGCGCGGAAAGGAAAGGCGAAAGAAACAUAAUAUAGGGUGGCAGAGAACGUGUGAUGGAUCGGACUUUACUUGCACCGGUGCGAAUGACGAGGAUGAAAUGGAUAAAAUUCAUCGAAUGAUUUUUGCUGAAAAAAAUCGACAGCAGGCGCAAGAACCGAGCCGACCUUGUUGUUCGGCCGAUCAUUGUUGCUGACCGUUGUUCAAAUUCUCUAAUUCAAUUGCAUGGCGUUCAAGGUAUAAAAGACUGUUUAUUUAUUUUUGUAUGAUAGAACUGAAUUUUUUACUUUUCUUAUGAAGUUUUUAAUAAAUAUUCGUGUAAAAACUU